AUGGACGUAUUACUGCUUCUGAUGAGCUUGAUUUCUGCAAUCGUGGCUGGCUCAAGGACCACAAAACAUCAGCACUCGCCCAUUAGGAAGUUUUUCUCCGGUAAAAGAUCAGGUCUCCCAAGAUGGACCAUUCCUAACAUGAGAAACCUAAAGAAAGCUCGAGCUGGUCGUCGCUCUCAAGGAUCUUCGUAUCCAUAUUCAAACCAGUAUGCUGCAUACGCCCCCUCUUUACCCCCUGCAACCCCGUCCUUCUACCCUUCAGCUUAUCCUUCUCCGCCCUCUUUCUCUUAUUCCCCACCGUCCUUAUAUCCCGCUUCUCCCCCAUACGGUUACCCUCCUUCAUCUUAUCCGUCCCCUGCAUUUUAUUCAUCACCAUACUCAUCUUCAGAACCAGGAAGCUCCUUUCCAUCCAGCAAUCAGGCACAACAGUUGACGUAUUCUACAUCCUCAUCAAAUGCGUAUGCCAGUGAUCAAUACCAGCAACAGCAGAUAUUGUAUCCCUCCCAUGUGAACCCAGGUAAAGCUGCCUCCAAGGGAAAAUCAGCUGCCCACUUGAUAAUCUCAGGAUCAGCAGCAAAACCAAGCAAUGACGCCACGAAGCCCAAAGUCAAACCAACACCUCCCGAUAGAACAGAAAAAUUUGAAAUCAAAGGACGAUUUUUUAAGAGCAUCGGCUGUUGGGCAGAUUCUACUAAACGUCGUGCAAUGGACAGUUUAGAGGGAAAGAGUUCCCAGCUUAAACAUCCUUACAAGACAAGAGUGAAUGCCUUGAUGAAGUGUGCAGAGGUAGCAGAUGAACAUGGCUUAAAGAUAUUUGGUUUGCAAAAUGGAGGGCAGUGUUUUGGAGGGAAAAAUGCAGAGAACACAUACAGAGAGUAUGGACAGAGCACGGAAUGCGCAGGUGACGGCGAAGGAGGUCCGUGGAGUAACGAAGUGUACAGCUUUUUAGAUGAAGAUGAUCAACCAUUGGUAAAACCACCAAAGAUAAUGGACAACAUAAACGGAUCCAGUAAUGGCACAAGUACAGCCUGUCCCAACCCUUGUGCAAAAAAUUCUUCAUCAUCAUCUUCAAAUACUACAUGCAGCAUACUGCUACCUAGCAGUACUGGUACUGGUCAAAUGUGUGGCUGGGGAUGUCCAAUUCCAAUUCCAGCUUGUAAUGUAAGUAAUGUUAUUUUAUCUUAAGGGACUGGAGUCCAAGGAAAAGUGAACCAGACAGUACCAGCCGGGUGUGCCAGCAUGGGAGGAGGAGGAGGAACUCCCUGUCCACCUCAAGGUAUGCCCAUGGGAAACUCGGUUUGUGGAGGAGGAGGUACUAUGGGAGGAGCACUGUGCGGAAGUCAGGGCAUAACCAUUGACAGCGGGUGUAUGCAGAUUGCGGGAGCACCCUGCCCUGCACCAGCACAAGGAGUGGCUCCUGGAGGCUGUAUUGACAUGGGAGCUGGGUGUGUGAUUGAGGGGAAGCUUACAGAAGGAUGUCCUAACAUCACCAAUGCGACCGCCUGUGGAAACCCAUGUCAGCCUUCCGGGAAUGCCACUGGAGGGUGUGGCGGUGUUAUCCCUGGUGGGGUUGGACCCAGUGGACCUGGUGGAGUUGGAUCCAGUGGACCUGGCGGGGUUGGACCCAGUGGACCCAACGGUGUAAAACCCUCCAAUGGUACCAUAUCCGGACGAAUUGGUAGCAAUCUUCGUCUUAGUGCUCCAGAAUGUAAAGCCAAGGCCGACCUCGGAUUUAUUAUCGAUGGAUCAGGAAGUAUAGAAAAAAAUGGACCAGGAACGUUUAAAAAAGUCUUGAACUUUGUCAAAGAUAUCAUUAGAAGUUUUGAUGUCUCCAAAGACGGAACACAUAUUGGUCUCAUUGUAUACAGUACUGAACCAAAGGUUGUAUCGGGAUUCGACCAGCAUUACACCCUAGCAGAAGUGAUGGCAGAAGUUGAUGGAAUCAAGUAUCCAAAUGAAGGAACAAACACUGGAAAAGCUCUCUUGAAAGCUAAUGAAGCUCUAUUCGCAGUCAGCGCUCGGUCCGGUGUCCCCAACAUCGCUUGUGUGUUAACCGACGGGAAGUCAAAAGAUAACAUUGGAACUCCGGCUCAAAAACUCCGAGAUUCAGGUGUCACUGUCAUUAGCAUAGGAAUGGGUACAGACUAUGAUCUUGAACAGCUUCGAGAGAUAGCUACUGACCCAGAUUCACAGCACAUGUUUAAAGCAGAAUUUGACUCACUGGGUUCCCUGGUAGAUUCCAUAGUAGACACUGGGUGUAAGGCUGCUGGAGGAACAAUUCAGGCACCGCAACCCCUAGGCGCGAGUAAAGGCCGUCCACCUCCUUCUACUGUGGAAACAAAUUUUGGGGCAUGCAGGGACAAAGUUGACUUAGCUUUUCUCGUCGAUGCCUCUGGAAACAAAAACGAGAAGGGACAACGAAACUUCGAAACAGCGUUGGCCAUCGCCAAAGCCAUUUCCAGCAUGUUUGUCAUCAAUCCUCUGCAGACUCACAUUGGUUUUGUUGUAUUCUCUACAAACUCUCAAGUUGCUCUGAGUUUCAAAACAUAUCUCGAUAUAAAAAGCGUGGAAAACGCCAUAGAUAGCCUAAAGUAUACAGGUGCGAGUACCAACAUUGGCGCUGGACUCAAACUUGCGAAGAGCCAACUGUUUGAUACCACCUCAAGACCAAACGUGCCGCAUAUUUUGAUCGUAUUAACAUCAGGGAAAUCAACUGAAGAUGUACUUGCGCCUUCAAAGGCGCUCAAAGACUCUGGAGUUAAUGUUUUGUGUAUUGGAAUUGGAAACAGGUACGAUAAGAAAGACCUUGAUGACAUAUCCAAAAGCCCGGAUGCUGGUCACGUGCUUACCGGUGAUGUCACAAAGCUUGGCAAGACGAUUAGGGAAAUUAGGAGGAUAAUAUGCCAAGCUAACGUCGGACCAGUAGCGCUGUUCCCAUUGAACGAGAGGUACGGGGCAACAGAUGUGAUUGGUGGAAACCUUGCUGGUGUAAAAAGUUUCGUCGCAACAGCACCGGGGCCUGAAAAGGAAGAGGAUGGUUCUCUGUUAUUCCUUGGAACACCAGACAGCUUUAUUGAGUUCCCAAACAAUGGUAAACUGGAUAAAAAGGAUUCAUUGACAAUACUGGCCUGGAUAUUCCCUGAAAGGGCGGGACCCAUCUUUAACUUUAAGAGGGACGGGUGGGGAACAAAUCUUUGGUUAGCAAAACCGAGAAAACUGUUUGCUCACUUUGUAGACAGAGAAAAUCAAAAAUCCAUGCAGCCAUUGAAAAGCACUAAGAUUGCACCAAAUCGAUGGAAUUUUAUCGGUGCAACAUAUGAUCAAAUAACAGGAAAUGCUGGCCUGUGGAUUAAUGGAAAGUUCGAAGAUUUUAAGCACAUAGGCCGUAUUAGACUGGCUACUAACUAUCCAAUCAGAAUGGGAGCUCGAGUCGGAGAUAAAAGAAACUAUCGCGGGCGCAUUGCCUGUUUACAAAUCUAUGAUAGAGCUCUUACUUCAGAGCAGAUAAGUAAUGCUAAAAACAAUUGUAAACGCUACAAAAGAGGGCUUGUAAUCAUACGGAUUUUCUUCUUUCUCCUAGGGCUUAACGCAAAGCUAAAUAUUGGAUUCAUCAUCGAAUGUUCUUCAAGCAUAGAAGGAAACGGACCAGGAACGUUCGCAAAAGUCUUGAAAUUUGUCAAAGAUCUUGCUAGAAGUUUUGAUGUCUCCAAAAAAGGAACUCAUAUCGGCAUCAUUACUUAUAGCGAUGAAGCAAAGGUUGUGGCGGGACUCGACCAGUAUUACACCCAAGCAGAAGUGACUGCAGCAAUUGAUGGAAUCCAGUAUCUGGGAGGAGGAACAAUGACCGGAAAAGCUCUCAUGUUAGCGAAAGACUCCCUCUUCGCUGCAAGUGCAAGGUCCGGUGUUCCCAACAUUGCCUGUGUCUUAACUGCCAGCAGGUCAACAGAUGACGUUGGUUCUUCUGCUCAGAUGCUCAAGGGCUCAGGAGCCACUUGUAUUAGUAUAGGAAUGGGUAAAUAUUACGACCUUGGACAGCUUCGAGUGAUAGCCACCGACCCAUAUUCACAGCACAUGUUUAGAGCAGAUUUCAAUGCCCUGGGGUCCUUAGUGAGUCCCGUCUUGGCCACUUGUCGUAAGGCAUCCUCAGGCACUGUUACGGGUCCUGCACGACCUCCGGCUCCCAGCUCAGGCACAAAGUGCCAAGCCAAAGUAGAUAUAGCUUUCUUGUUGGACGGCUCUGGAAGUAUUGGGAAAGGAAAUUUCAAAAAGUGUUUGAGAUUCCUCAGAAACUUUGUUCAAUCCUUCAACAUCGCAGAAGAUGGUUCACAUGUAGGAGUGGUACUUUUUUCGAGCACAGCCGAGGUGGUGUUCAAUUUCGAGAAAUAUUUUGAUUCAAAUUUCUGUCAAUUGAACAAACAGGACUAUGUGGAAGAACCCUCUAAGAAGCUCCGAGACAUGGGAGUAACGAUCUUUUGUUUUGGAGUUGGAACCCGGUACGACAAGGACCAGUUAGACGCCAUGGCAACCGACCCAGAUGCUACACAUGUUAUAACAGGCGAUUUUGAUGAUUUGGAUCAGAUACUCCCGAAAAUUAAAAAGAUGGCAUGCGACGGAGCGGGAGGAUCGUUAACACAAAAUCCAUCGAAAGGUGUCGGGAUCACGAGUGGAUCGAGCACAGGAGGAGCCGGUAUGAUUACAGGUGGGGGAAGCAGCUCUGCUGGAGGAGGCAUCUCUACUGGAGGAGGUGUAGGUAUAACUGGCGGGUCCAGCACAGGAGGAUCAGGUGUGAUUACAGGUGGAGGAAGCAGCUCAUCUAGAGGAGAAUGCAACGCAAAGGCUGACCUUGCUUUCAUUAUCGAUGGAUCAGGAAGCAUAGAAAGAAACAGACAAGGAACGUUUGAAAAUAUCCUGAAUUUUGUCAAAGAUCUUACCAGACGUUUUGCUGUCUCUAGUGAAGGAACACAUGUUGGUGUCAUUGUUUUUGACGAUAACGCGAAGGUUGUGUCAGGAUUCGACCAGCAUUACACCCAAUCAGAGGUGAUUUCAGCAAUUGAUGGAAUCCAGUAUCCAGGCGGUGGAACAAUGAUUGGGAAAGCUCUCUUGAAAGCUAAGAAUGCUCUCUUUGAUACCAGCGCACGUCCUGGUGUUCCUAAUAUAGCUUGUCUUUUGGCUGGCAGCAAGUCAACAGAUAGAUUUUCUGCUCCUGCUCAGGAGCUCAGAGACUCAGGAGUCACUGUCAUUACCAUAGGAAUGGGUAAUAGAUACUGUAGUAGACAGCUAGGGAAUAUAGCUACCGACCCAAAUUCACUGCACAUGUUCAAAGCGGAGUUUGAUGCGCUGGGAUCCCUGGUGGGUUCCGUCGUAAACACUUGUUGUAAAGCGGCAGGAGGAACAGUUCAGGCCUCACUAACAGGUGGAUCAAGCACAGGAGGCUCCAGUGAAAGGGGAAGCUCCUCACAAGGUGUAACUGUUGGAUCAACCACAGGAGGAUCCAGUGUGAUUACAGGUGGAGGGAGCAGCUUUACUGGAGGAGGAAGCACAUUAAAAGUUGGCGGGACUUCCUCGAGCGCUGGAAGUAGUAGUUCUAGUUCGGGAGGAAGCUCCUCAAUGUCAAUUAAAGGUAGAAGUAGCGGUUCCAUUUUAGGCGGUAGCUCCCCGAUAUCAAUGAAAGGUGGAGGUAGCAGUUCUAGUUCAGGAAGUAGUUCUUCUAGAAUAGUAACCGCGAAAGGUGGAAGCUCAAGCUCGGGAGGCAAAGUUAUCUCAAGUGGAAAGAAGAUGGUAAAGAUCGGAAAAGUUGUUCUGACGCCGAAGCAAGGCACAGAUGUGUGGGGUACGGAAGAUAAUCUUGUUAAAGAUGUUAUUUCCGGUAACACUUCAGCUAACGUCCGACCAGUUGCGCUGUUCCCAUUGAACGAGAGGUACGGGGCAACAGAUGUGAUUGGCGGAAACCUUGCUGGCGUGAAAAGCUACGUCACAACUGCUCAAGGGCCUUAUAAUAAAGAAGGUGGCUCUCUGUCAUUUCUUGGAGCACCAGACAGUUUUAUCGAGUUCCCAAACAAUGGUAAACUGGAUACAAAGGAUUCAUUGACAAUACUGGCCUGGAUAUUCCCUGAA